GUCAAAUUCCUAUGGAGGAGAUACAUUCAAACUUCUAGAAAACAAUCUGGUUGUGACUAGAAUUUUUGUGAAACUAAUAUGAUUUUUAUCUCUCACCUUCCAAUCAAUGGGAUAUACAUAAGAAUACCCAUCUUCAUAGUCUACAAAAGCUCGAUAUCUGUCUGGAACUUCUACACAACAAAGAGUAAUUUAAUUCCAAAAUUUCAGAAGAUUAUGACUUAUCUAAGUUUUACACAUGAGCAAAUACCUUUAGUAAAGUGAAGCUCAAUAACACAAAAUGUUAUCACAUCAAAAAGCAUGAAUACCUUAAGCAAAGAGCAGCUUUGCUGGUUGUAAAUUUGCAGUUAAUGCUCCAAUACCCAACAAUAACGGUCUUCUCUGGCAAUGGCUUGAAAAAUGAAAAUCAUUAGCUUUCCUCUUCUCUUCUUCAUGCACUCUGAUUUUCAGUCUUCCUUAACUCUCAUUGAUAUUCAUUUGCGAUUUUCUCCAACUCUAUAAUUGCCAUCUUUACCAUUCAUUUUCUCGUGUAACAACUACUCGAAUCUUGAUACCUCUGGGCCAGAUCAACCAUUCAAAAAAUAAAAGAUCCUUUUCAAGUAGAGCUUUUCGUAUAACAAAUUUUAGUAAAUCAAGAGAGGGAUAUACUUAUUCUCAAGUUAGAAUAAGAGUUUACUUAAUAGUUAAUACGGAAAUAAUAAUAACAUUUAAAAAAAGAAAUCGUAGUGUCCAAACAGAAUUUGUUACAUCUAAAUAAGUGUUUCAUGCACUAUGAUUAACAAUAAAAGUGAUAGUGGCAAAAAACCUUGUUUGGAUAAACUUUUGUGCGAGCACUUAAAAGAGAAGAAAAUAAUCAGGUAAAAUGAAUUAAACCUCUUUUGUUAGUAGAACUAACUUAUGCACUUCAAUUUUUAUAGAAGUUUUCUGAUCUAACUUCUCCAGAAGUCGAAAUGCAUGUUAAUUUUGAAUUCUGGAAAAUUUGAUUAUUAUUUUUUGUUUCUUAUAUUAUUAGUACUUAUAGAGAAGUUUUUUCAAACAAAGCCUUAUUGGAUUAUAUAGCGGAAGCUCUUUAUGACUUGUUUCUUUGUGUUUAGCAUUUGGUCCAUGAAGCAUUGCUCUUUGUUAAUUUGUGUGGAAGAUGUAAUUGAGUAAGUGAUUCUUGUGUAGCAUUUAAUUUAGUCAAGUUCUGAUACAAAAAGCAUCAUAACAUGAAACUUUUCUAUUUUGUUAUAUUAAAUGAUUCUUGGGGAAAAUGACAUGAGACUAGUACCUAGUGUUGUUGUGUAAGCUUUGAGUUUAUAACAACAGACUUCUUAGUAAUAGUUUGAUGACGUGUGCCUUGGAUUUCCUGCAUUUCAGGUUAAGUGCUUACGAUUUCUGAUGUAAUGUAGUUAUUCAUUCAUAGUUAUCACUUUGUAGUAGAUCUUGUACAAUCUAUGAGACAGGAAUUUCCAUUACUUAUGGCUAUUGCAUUGCAUAUGCAGAUUCUAAAGAGAAAAGUCAUCAACUUAAUAACAUUUGUCUUGAGAAUUUAUUUGACAUCAACUUAAUCCUAUUAGGCCAUAGAUGGGAUAAAGCCUACAAGGGCAGAAAUCUUUAUAUUAACUCAUAAGAAACGUAAAGAUGGAAGACCAUUGGAUGAAAUGUCUGCAAAAAUAGUGGUUAGAUUUUUUUAAGCAAUUUUUAUACUUGUACAUAUUAUAUAUGACAUUCGAAUUAUUUUGAAUAUUUUUAUAUUAAUUGUGAGUAUGCAAUAACUUCAAACUUGCUUACAUAGGAUGUGAUGCAAGAAAAAUUGAAUAAUGGUGAAACAUCUAAUGAAAAACCUAUUGAUAAUGUUGCUUGGGAAGGAGAUGUGUAUUCCCAAGUAUUGGGGCUGAAAGAAGUGGCUAUGUUCAUGGCUUAGGACUUGGUCCAACACCUUUUUUGUUGUGGGGUUCUAAAUCUUCCAUAGGAAUUACUUUUGCUGAUAAUAUAUCUAAUGAGGUAGUACAAAGAUUAGAGCAAGAAGUGAGGAUGUUAAAGGAGUUAAAGGAAAAACAUGAUGAAGAAAUGAAUUUGAUGAAUCAAAAUCAAGAUAGAUUACUUUUAGAACUAUCUUUCAUUAGAAAAUUCAUGUAUAAACAUUUUCCAAUGGAGCUAUCUAUGCCUCAAAAGUUCAAUGGAAGCUCAUUUGGACAGGUAUUUGUUACUAAUAUUGGCCAAGAAAAAGUACCAGAAAUGCCACACAUGUCCUUUGGUACUCAUGAAUCACAAUUACCUACAAAAUCUACUACAAAUAUGAAAAUAGAAUCACAAUCAACUAAAAUUCCAACUGUUAUAAUGAAAUCAGAGGCUAACAAAAACAAUAUGGUUCAAGCUGAUGACCUCACUUCCUUGCUCAAGCUUCUUAGAAAAGAUAAUGAUGAAGCUGUUCGCAUACUAGCAGCAAAGGCAAUUGCCAAUCUGUCCAUGAAUGGUGAUUAUUUAUUAGACAUUGUGUUAACAAAGAUGUUGUUACUGUUUUUGCUCAUAAUUUCAUUUCCUUAUGAUGAUUAGGUUAGAGGAGGAAAAUUACUGUAUAUUCUGUUUAGAUAGAUGAUGCAUAUGAACCCAUUUUUUUAUUAUAUAUUAGAUGCUAGGUAAAUAAAAAAUUUAAUUUGGAAAAUACCUAAAAAUAAAUUCCUGGUCGAGUUGUCGCUCUACGCUUCUAGUUCCAUGAAGUUAUUGUAGCCUUUUUUAUAAGCUUAAAUAUCAUAUUUAAUUUAUUUCUUGAAUAAAGAUAAAAUUCCAAGUUGUUAUGCUUUUGUCUUAACACGAAAAAAGAAUUCAUGAAUUACGGUUAAAGCUGAUAGUUGCUUUUUAUUGAUUGUACUAUUUCAUGUGUUAUUUUCAUUGAGUUUUUCAUGCUAUUGGUUGUUUCCAUUCUGUGCAAGUUGAAAAAUAAUUGGAUGUGCAAAUAGUAUUAGGACCAAAUUCACUCUGAAUGCUUUAUUUUAGAAUUAUAAAUUUCGAGUCCUUGCAUCUAGAACAUAGACAAGCACAACAUCUUUGGCUUUUUUAAUUCAUGCUAAAUUGUGUAAUUUGGAACUAAAGAUGUUAAGAUCCACAUAUUACACCCUUUUAUGGUAUUGGUAACUUUAUAAUUAAUGUUCUCAAUUGGAAUUUAUAGAUAAGAUGGUGGAAUAUCCUCUGCCAUAAGAGAGAAAGGGAGCAUAGCUCGUGAUGCUGGUACAUAUAAUUAACUGUUUGGAUUCUUUGGGAUUUCAACAGUCUUCUAGAACUUUUCCUUGAUCUAUUUUUUGUCCAAUGAACUACUUGGCUGAAUUUACAUGCAUGUUGCUUCCUUUAUUAAAUUUCUGUUAAUAUAUGCUCCUCAUUUCAUUUCAUUUGAUUGGGAAAGUUUUUUAGGUACUUUUUCUAAUUUUUUUCUUCUUAGGCAUCCCAGGUCAUGGUUUUUUUGAAUAAAGAAAAAUAAAAUUCACCUAUUUGAUUUAAGUUUCAUUACUAGAUAGAACACAAUGGCUUUCUGAAAUAAGAAAGACUAAAUUCACCUAUUUGAUUUAAGUUUCAUUACUGGAUAUAUUUUCCUGGUCGAGUUGUAUAAUGCAGAACUGAAUCAUUAAUUUUGAUCUAAAGAAGUUAGGAGGUAGACUAUGUUGCUUACAGGAACAGAGAACUAGUAGUCCAGGAGGUAGAUUAUGUUGUCUUUUCUAUUGGUCAAUUCUUACUAAUUAUUGGAAUACAUGUAUGUAGUGACAUCCAUUUGUUUAUUUUGUGCUUUGCAGGAUUCAAUUGCAAUUGAUGAAGACCUUUUAGACAUUUUAGCAAAUAGCACCAGAUCAUUAUAUACCUUGCUUUCUUUGGGGAUAUGACUAUCUUAUAAAUGAAAUUAUGUAAUUUCUUUGGAUCAUGACAUCAUUUACUAUUCAUUUUAUAUUUUCAAUGGUUUCCUUGGUAUAUCAAGGAUAUGAUAAACUCAUAAAUUUUGCAUUACUCUAAUAAUGGACAUCUAGUGUUAUUGCAAAUAUGUA